AUGGGUUAUGUGCAGGAGCUUCCUGGUUCGUACAAGCUUUGGCAUGCCUACCUUCAGUCGGAGCCUUGCCCAGUGAAGGGGUUGUCAGUUCUAGAUGGUGAGUACGAGGCUGCAAACAAUGCCUUCGAGCGUGCAUUGGUGUUUCUGCACAAAAUGCCGCGCAUCUGGCUUGAGUAUAUUGAGUUCCUGAUGAAGCAGAAGAAGAUCACACGCGCACGACGAGCAUUAGACAGUGCUUUGCGGUCACUGCCCAUCACGCAGCAUUCUCGCAUCUGGGAGCUGUACGUCAAGUUCAUAAAGGAUGGCGAGGUUCCGAAGGAGACGGCACUCUGCGCUUUCCGGAGAUAUCUCAUGCUCGAGCCCGAUCAUGUCGAGAUCUACAUCGCGUACCUGCGCACGAUCGGGCGCUAUGAUGAGGCUGCACAGAAGUUAGCCAGUGUGGUGGAUGAUGAGGACUUCAGCUCCAUGGAGGGCAAGACUCGCCACCAGCUUUGGAUGGAUCUCUGCGAUCUUGUCUCCAAACAUCCCGCAGACAUCAAGUCUUUGAAUAUAGAGUCGAUCAUUCGCAGCGGAAUCCGACAAUUCACGGAUGAGGUGGGCCGCCUGUGGAUUUCCCUUGGCGACCACUUCAUCAGGCUUGGUCAGUUCGAGAAAGCCCGCGACAUCUACGAGGAAGCCAUGGCGACAGUCAGCACGGUGCACGACUUUUCGCUCAUCUUCGAAGCGUAUGCCAAGUUUCUGGAAAGUCUGAUCUCUGCGCACAUGGAACGAGAGGCAUCAACAGUCUCGGCAGCCGAAGCUGACCUGCUAAUGAUGCGCUUGGAGGACUUAUUGGGAAGGAGACCCGAGCUGGUGUCGUCAGUCAAGUUGCGGCAAAACCCUCACAAUGUCCACGAAUGGCUGCAGCGAGCGAAGCUGUACAAGGAUUCACCAGAGAAGGUCAUUCGCUGCUUUACGGAAGCCGUCAUGACCGUGGAUCCUCAGAAGGCAGAAGGUCGCUUGUGGACCUUGUGGGCGGCUUUUGCAAAGUUCUACGAGUCGCAUGAUGAUUUGGAGAACGCUCGUGUGAUCUUUUCGAAGGCGACGCAGGUGAAGUAUCGAGGGGUUGAUGACUUAGCCUCCGUCUGGUGUGAGUGGAUCGAGAUGGAGCUCCGCCACAAAGAGUACGACGAAGCACUCAAGGUGGCACGGCAAGCCGCCGGCCAGAAGAAAGCUGCGGCUUUGAAAGAAGACAAGGACGAUGUUCAGAAUCGGUUGUACCGAUCGACCAAGCUGUGGUCGCUCUGCAUUGACCUUGAGGAGUCUUUGGGAACCACUGCAUCAACCAGAGCGGCAUAUGAUGCAACUCUGGAACUCAAGGUUGCGUCACCUGCUCUGAUUUUGAGCUAUGCAAGAUUUUUGGAGGACCGAAAGUACUUUGAAGAUGCCUUCAAAGUCUAUGAGCGUGGUAUCAAGGUGUUUUCAUGGCCGCAUGUCGGUGAUAUUUGGCUCACAUACUUGUCAAAAUUCGUAGAGCGAUACGGUGGUCGCAAGCUGGAACGUGCCAGAGACCUUUUUGAACAAGCAGUGGAGAAGGUACCGUCGAAGUUCGCAAGAAGGCUGCACAUGCUCUAUGCCAAGCUUGAGGAGGAGCACGGUCUCGCAAGGCACGCGCUGUCCAUCUACAAUCGGGCCACAAAAGCAGUUGAAGAGAAGGACAUGUUUGAGAUGUACGGUAUUCUGCUGCGCAAGACCGCUGAGCUCUUCGGCCAGACCCGUACUCGUGAGAUUUAUGAUCAAGCGAUUGAGGCCCUGCCUCAGGAUCGCAUCAAAGAUGCCUGCGUGCGGUAUGCCAAAAUGGAAACCAUGCUCGGUGAGGUGGACAGGGCACGGGGCAUCUAUGAGCAUGCGUCUCAGUUCUGCGAUCCCCGACGGGAAGAGGAGUUCUGGAAAGUUUGGCGUGGAUUUGAAGUGCAGCAUGGAAAUGAAGAUACGUUCCGUGACAUGCUUCGAAUCAAGCGUAGCGUCCAGGCCAUGUUCUCUCAGGUCCACUUCAACGCCACCGAUAUUGCUGCCGAAACAGGGCGUGAGGUCCUCGAUCCUAUGGCGGCGGCUGAGGAAGAGAUGAAGACAGAGGAGGAAAGAAAGCGCAAGGGUGGCGCAUUGGGCCCGGAUGCAAAGCGUCAGAGAGUCACCGCUGACGCUGAGACGGCGCGGAAGGACUGA